CCUAUCAGGCGCUGUCCCACAAUUUUCCCCACAAAGUUUGGCACCUUUUUACUCGGCACCAAGCAAAAGACCACCCCGCACUCGCCAAGUUCUAGUGAACCAGCCAAAUUUGCCUGCGUUAGGGGAGUGGGGCUGAGUUCCACACCCAUAACAAAAAUGACACCUAGGAUUAGCACCAGGAAGGUAUCGCUGGUGCAAGUGGAAGGCAGCAGCAGGAGCAGCAGCGGCACAGGGCCUGGCGGCAGCGGCCCUGGGCCCAGCAGUUGCGGCGUGCAUGCGCGUAGUGGAGGGGGCGAGCAAGGCCACGUGGAGGAGGACAGAGCGGCGUCGCCCAAGAAGCGGCGCCUGCGCGCAGGUUGAGGCCGGCCGGUCUAGUUAGCGGUCUUUGCUGCAUGGCAUGCAUACCACCACACAGUAUGUGGUAGGCCACAGCAGAAAGGAAUGUGGCUAGAGGAUUUCCUGCUGUUUGGUUCAUUGCUGGCUGUGCUUGUGGUUGGCAGCGGGACGCGGCUGGACGCAUGGCGGGCCAUGCCUGUACGAACCAACCCCGGCUAUGUCCGGAGAUGAGGUAGACGCUAGACGCUUGCGGCCUGAGACUGGAGGCGUGGCUCAGCCCACUUUUCCCU